AUGAAGUUCCUUGUCGCCCUCACUCUCGCACUUGCCUCCGGUGCCUCUGCCUUUGCUCCAAAUUCUUCCAUGAAGAAGGCUACCGCGUUGAAGGUUGGUGAAAUCAGCUGGGAAGCCGUUGGCGAAGAAUUCUCGGAUGACCAUUGGUAUUACCAACCCUGGAGCGGAAUCGGCGAACAACAAUUUUACCCUCAAUCACAUGCCGGAAACCGCAUGCCAUCAUUUUUCCCUGCACCCACCAAAACUGUUGGAGAAGCUCCUCCUCCUACUACUACUACUCCUCCCGAAGCAGCCCCGGAACUUCCCGAGUCCGUCCCUGCCACUCCCAUGCCCGAAACGACGGUUGGCGCCAGUGCUCCUGCGAAAGCAUAA